ACUUCGGGAACGACAUUUUGGUGCGUUUGAUUUGGCUGUGUUGAGAGUACUUGAAGUGUUCCGAACGAAGAAGAGCAAUGGACUAGCAGCAUGAAGUCGAAUUUUCUACUCCCGAGAGUUGGAAGUCGAGAGUAUAGCCACUAAUUCAUGGAAGCUUCGCCAUUCCGCCGCUGGGUUUAGGCUGCUGCAGGGAACGACUUGCAGCAGCAACGAUACGGUCAGCCAUCGGGCUCUGCACUCCUCCGCGGGGAGUCAUUGUGCCGGAGUCACCGAAAUCUGUGAGGCACUACGGAGCUUGACAGAGAAUCAGCAGCUAAGCCAAUCUAAAGCAUCUUCUACAGGGGUCCCGAAGGGCGAUCAGUCAGAUCGCGGCCCCGUAUACGCGGUCUGCCAUGGAAGGUGGCCCGACAAUAUCUCAACCCCUGUCCAAAGACAGCAAGUGCACGUCAGUACAGGCUUUCGGAGCGUCGGAGGAUCGCUCUGUAGAAAUCACUUACACAGACCCGAGGGUUAUCGGCAAUGGAUCGUUCGGAGUGGUCUAUCAGGCCCGUAUGGUGGACAACAAUGAUCUCGUCGCAAUCAAAAAGGUUCUGCAAGACAAGCGGUUCAAAAAUCGCGAGCUGCAGAUCAUGCGCAAACUGGAUCACUGCAACAUCGUGAAGCUCAAGUACUAUUUCUACUGUGCGGGAGAACGCAAGGAUGACCUGUUUCUCAAUCUGGUUCUGGAAUUCAUUCCCGAAACAGUUUACCGAGUGGCUCGUCAGUACUCCAAGUCAAAACAGACGAUGCCGAUCGCCUACAUACGGCUGUACAUGUAUCAACUGUUCCGCAGUCUUGCGUACAUCCAUUCAUUGGGGAUCUGUCACCGCGACAUCAAGCCCCAAAACCUCCUCCUUGAUCCCGAAACGGGAGUUCUGAAGUUAUGCGAUUUCGGCUCGGCCAAAAAUCUUGUCAAGGGAGAGCCAAACGUUAGUUACAUUUGCUCUCGUUACUAUCGCGCACCAGAGCUCAUCUUCGGCGCGACCGACUACACGACCAUGAUCGAUGUUUGGUCCGCCGGCUGUGUCCUGGCCGAACUCCUCCUUGGUCAGCCGAUCUUCCCUGGGGAUUCCGGAGUCGAUCAACUCGUCGAAAUCAUCAAAGUUCUCGGUACUCCAAGCAAAGAACAGAUUCGGGAAAUGAACAAGAACUACACCGAGUUCAAAUUUCCACAGAUCAAGGCUCAUCCCUGGGCCAAGGUGUUCCGUUCACGAACUCCGCCGGAUGCAAUCGAGCUCGUGUCGCGCCUCUUGGAAUAUACUCCGUCGACACGUGUUUCACCGCUGGAAGCGUGCGCUCAUCGAUUCUUCGACGAACUUAGACAACCCGAUGUGAAACUCCCCAGUGGAAGAGGAUUGCCACCGCUUUUUAACUUCACUCAACACGAGCUUCAAAUCCAACCACAGUUGAAUCAUGCGCUGAUUCCGGCUCACAUUGCGGCUUCGGGUAGCGGAGGUGGCUCCCCAUCGGGUGAUUCUCCUGGAGCCGGGGCCCAGGCCUCAUCGUCGAACUCUUCUAACUCGGGCCAGGCGAAAGCCGCUACUCAACGUCAAACCAGCGGAGCCAACGAUUAAAUUCCGCCCUGACAGAAAUGAUGGAAUCAUUCAGCGGAUCUCUCCGCAGGGACGGCAAAGCAAAUCUGCGGGAGCAGGGGGAGCAGUUGAUGCUUUAUCGAUGGCGACAGUCAGUUUCAAUCGUGGAGAAGAGGAAGAAGACUACCGCGACGACGACGACGACGAUUAAGAGGAGGAUUACGCGAUGACGGAGUCGACAAUGAGAAUGAUGAUUGUAUAAACGGUAAAACGAACGAUAGACGGAAAGGGAUAAGCAUAGGUGAGAGACGAGCAUCAGCAGCAGCAGCAGCAGUAGCUACUUCGACGACAUCGAGGUGAUGGGGAACUCGUGCGAGAAGAAUGUUCCCCGGUUGAUCUGCCUCAGGUUGAUCGACGCAGCAGCAGCCGCAGCCGCAGCGGCUGGGAGAGAACAUCCCGGCAAGCAAGAAGGAGAAAAAGAGCGUUGGCCAUCCACUUUUAGAAGAGAGGAAAGGAAAACACUUUGUUGAACUGAGUUUAGUUGAACGAGGACGACGAAAUCACCGCAGACGAUGAUGAUGAUCAAUGAUGAUGUGCUGCAGCAUUGAAUAGACUGUAUGCGGAUUGGUUGAAGGAAUAUUUGGUUGUAUUGAUUUAUUUUCGGAGAGCGAGAGGAACCAGACGAGAGAGAGUAAAAGCAAGUCAGAGAACAAUUGAAUGUGAGAGAAACACUCAGAGUUAAGCGAGCGAGUAAUCGUUACGAUAAAAACAAAAAGAAAUUACCUAGUUCCAAAAUACCAAAUUAUUACAUCGUCGAAUCGGGGGCGUGUAGUUGUGAUGGAGGACGGAAUAAAAUAUUCCUGCGGAUCAGAACUA